GUCGCUGCAGUCGGUAAAUGGACGUUUGAUGUGGUGUUUGUCAAGUUUGUGAUAUUGUGUGUUUACAGUGAUUUAUUCCCCGUUACUAUAAUCCUAAUUGAAGUAAAAGGUUUUAAGGAGUAGAUGAAGGUGACAGUAUGUCUCGCAAUAAAGACAAGCAUGAGGGCGCUAGUGGGCGCACGUACCACAUCAUGUCGGAGGCGGAGCGGGCGUCUGGGCGGCGUGGUGGCUGGACCACGCUUGAGGUAACAGGAGGUGUGCGCGCACUGGCGCCCCAACUGUUCCAACUGACGCACCUGACAGCGCUGUACCUGAACGACAACUCCCUGCAGCGGAUGCCGCCCGACAUCAGCCAGUUGGUCAACCUUCAUACCCUGGACAUCUCGAACAAUAAGCUGCGCUCGCUGCCCGCCGAACUAGGGGAUCUUAUACAGUUGAGAGAGCUGCACCUCCACAACAAUUACCUGCGAGUGUUGCCAUACGAGCUCGGGAAACUGUUCCACCUUCAGAUGUUGGGGCUGCAAGGGAACCCGCUGAGCAAGGAGAUGUUAUCCAUUUACAACGACUGCAACGGCACCUCAAAGCUGUUGACGUAUAUGCUGGACAAUUUGCAAGUUACUGCCACUCUGCCACCUCAGAGGCCUUGGAUACCGCUGACCAGACCGAACCGAACUCGGCCGACAUGUAUCUUCACAGUGAUGUGCUACAACGUUUUGUGCGACAAAUAUGCAACGAGGCAGAUGUACGGCUACUGUCCGAGUUGGGCAUUGGAGUGGGACUACCGAAAAAAGGGCAUUUUGGAUGAGAUCAGACAUUAUUCUGCGGAUAUCAUUAGUUUACAGGAAGUAGAAACGGAUCAGUUCUACAACUUCUUCCUGCCGGAGCUUAAAGGUGACGGCUAUGAUGGCAUCUUCUCGCCGAAAUCACGAGCCAAGACCAUGUCGGAAUCGGAGAGGAAAUACGUGGAUGGAUGCGCCAUCUUUUUUAGAUCUGCAAAGUUCUCCUUAGUAAAAGAGCACCUGAUAGAGUUCAACCAACUGGCGAUGGCCAACAGCGAGGGUUCUGACAACAUGCUGAAUCGCGUCAUGCCCAAAGACAACAUCGGACUGGCAGCGCUGAUCAAAACUAAAGAGGCGGCAUGGGAAAAUGGAAUCCCAACCGACUCGUCGAUGCUAGGCCAGCCUAUACUGGUGUGCACCGCUCACAUCCACUGGGACCCUGAGUUUUGUGACGUGAAGCUCAUACAAACUAUGAUGCUGAGCAACGAAUUGCGCACGAUCCUGGACGACUCGGCGAGAACGCUGCGUCUCGCCGGACAGCGGGACAACGUGCAGCUGUUGCUGUGCGGCGACUUCAACUCGCUGCCCGACAGCGGAGUAGUAGAGUUCCUGUCGUCUGGCCGCGUGUCCUCCGAGCACCGCGACUUCAAGGAGCUGGGCUACGCGGCGUCCCUCCGCCGGAUGCCGGGCUCCGAGCACGAGUUCACGCACACCUUCAAACUGGCGUCCGCGUACAGCGAGGACAUCAUGCCCUAUACCAAUUAUACGUUCGACUUCAAGGGCAUAAUCGACUACAUCUUUUAUAGUAAACAGUCGAUGACGCCACUUGGUCUCCUCGGGCCUCUGUCGCAGGACUGGUUCAGGGAGCACAAGGUGGUUGGUUGCCCACACCCUCACAUACCAUCAGAUCACUUCCCGCUGCUGGUGGAGCUGGAGAUGUGCCCGAGCACGAGCGGCAACUCCAACGGUCUGAUCGGGCGCAGGUAGCAGCCGCGCCGCGACGCCGCCCGCGCGCCCCGCCGCACGCGCACCCGCGACGCACGCUAACCGGCCAACUCUAACUGCCAACAUCUGAUUACCAUCUCUGAUUGGUAAGCUUCGAUCAGCAUCUCAGUAGGCUAGUUGACGGGUAUUUUUCAAAGUUGGUCCUAAAUAAUUAAUAUUUGUUGAAACUUUAAAAAAAUAUAUGUUUGAUUACAAUUUUUAAAUACCUUCCUGUAAAGGCUCAAAAAUUUAUUUAAAAUUUUACUAUGUAAAAACUAACGAAAACGCUGUCUGUCAUGUUAGUAUUAUAAACAAGCAUUUGGCUUGUCAUUAUGAUCAGUGACUUGUUUUGUUUACAUACAAUUUCUUUUGUUUACAUUUAGAGUGACGUCAAAAGCACAUUUUUGAAAUGAGAUACCUAAAUUAAUCUCGCGCUUUUAAUUAUUAAAAUUGAUAUAUUUUGAUUUUCUGAGCUUAAUACAAUAGAAAAUAUUCAUUGAAUAUAUGAAAUUAAUUAUGGGUCAAGUAGCCUAUUGGGUAAGCUUCGAUGCGUCAAUCUGAAAUGGGUGAAUUAUUGUGAAUAUUAACAUCGAAGAUGUUAAUCUCAAGUGAUGUGCUUUGUUUCUCAUCUCAAACGGCUGUUCUUCGACAAAUGAUAUUUUUAAUAAUAUGAGAUUACAAUCAAUUGACAUUUCAAUUUUACCUGCCGAACAUAGAAAAAUGUAAUAUUGGCCUAGGUAAACACGACGAGGGUUUUGCCUAAUUUCACACUAGAUGUCAGCACUUAAGCAUGAAGUGUUGCCAUUGUUCGAACUGACAUUUCCCACCAUUUUUCAAAUGGCGAUGACAACAAUACAGUAUUGACAAUUGGAAUAACGCAAUCUGGUGGUAGAAAUUAUAGUAAAAGUCCUUGUUUUGUUUUAAUAUGGACAAGUGACAUUUUGUAGAUACAUGUUGAACGCUGACAAUUUGUAUAAUAUGAUCUUUUAAACCACUUAGUUAUAUUAAAUGGUGGACGACCAACUGCUUUGAUUAAGUCUUACACAUAUACAGUUCAGCUGAUCAAAUAUUUAUCUUCCAUAUUUUUAUUGUAUCACAUUUAAUUAUUUUCAAAAUUGAACAUUGAGUUAGCUGUCUGAAAUUGCCUAUGUUCAGAAUAGUCUAUAAUAAAUCAAACUUAUCUCACUCUACUGAGAUGUCGCUAGCAUCGAAACGAUUAAACAAAGCGGUUGUAUUUAAUUUUUAGCUGCCAAUUCUGAUAAAUUUGCGAUUCUGUGACGUCAAAACGUUCGAAACCUACGCCAUUAGCAUUAGAUAUUGUUAAUGUAUAAUUGAAUUGAACAAUAUUUCAAUGAUAUGUGAUAAAUAUGUUAUGAAAAUAAAAAAAAACUUGAUA